CUUAUUUUCUUUUCUCGCUUUUCUUUUGCUCUCUUUCACUCUACUUCGUAUCUAAAAACCUAGGAGGGUUGUCGACAAUGGAGGGAGAGUCGUUGAAAUGUAGGGAUCUCACCACUCUACUUCAUAUCUGAAGGCCUAUAGAUGUCAGUGGUAGGAGGGUUGUUGACGAUGGAGAUUCGUCAACAGUAGAAGGGUUUCAAAAGAUAGGGAUCUCGCCACGCCACUUCAUAUCUAAAAGCCUAUAGAUCUCAGCGGUAGGAGAGUUGUCGACAAUGGAGAUUCAUCAACCGUAGGAGGAUUGUCAAAAGGUAGGGAUCUCACCACUCUACUUCAUAUCUGAAAGCCUAUAGAUGUCAACUGUAGGAGGGUUGUCUACAAUGGAGAUUCGUCAACAGUAAAAGGGUUUCAAUAGGUAGGGAUCUUGCCACUGUACUUCAUAUCUAAAAGCCUAUAGAUGUCGGCGGUAGGAGGGUUGUCAACAAUGGAGAUUCGUCAACAGUAGAAGGGUUUCAAAAGGUAGGGAUCUCGCCACUCCACUUCAUAUCUAAAAGCCUAUAGAUAUCAGCCGUAGGAGAGUGGUCGACAAUGGAAAUUCAUCAACAGCAGGAGGGUCGUUAAAAGCAAAUGGGUGACGAGAAGAAGCCUAAAUCCCUUGGUGUUUGGCCCACCGUCAAGCCCUUCGUCAAUGGAGGCCUCUCUGGUAUGCUUGCGACUUGCGUCAUUCAACCUAUCGAUAUGAUCAAGGUGAGAAUCCAGUUAGGUCAAGGCUCGGCAGGCGAGGUAACCAGGAACAUGCUUAAGGCGGAGGGAGUUGGUGCCUUUUACAAGGGUCUCUCUGCUGGGCUUCUUAGACAAGCUACCUAUACUACUGCACGGCUUGGAUCGUUCAAGAUUUUGACAAACAAAGCAAUUGAAGCUAAUGACGGCAAGCCCCUUCCUCUUUAUCAAAAAGCUUUGUGUGGGUUAACAGCUGGUGCUAUUGGAGCAUCUUUUGGCAGUCCAGCAGAUUUGGCGCUUAUCCGAAUGCAGGCUGAUGCUACCCUCCCAGCUGCACAACGCAGACACUACAAAAACGCAUUCCAUGCACUGUAUCGUAUUGUUGGAGAUGAGGGUGUUUUGGCUCUUUGGAAGGGUGCUGGUCCAACAGUUGUGAGAGCAAUGGCGCUGAAUAUGGGCAUGCUUGCCUCUUACGAUCAAAGUGUUGAGUUUUUCAAGGAUAACCUCGGUUUUGGUGAAGCUACGACGGUUAUAGGUGCAAGUGCUGUUUCAGGAUUCUUUGCUUCAGCUUGCAGUUUGCCAUUUGAUUACGUGAAGACUCAGAUUCAGAAAAUGCAGCCUGAUGCUGAAGGGAAGCUUCCUUACUCUGGCUCUAUGGAUUGUGCCAUGAAGACCUUGAAAGCUGGCGGGCCGUUGAAAUUUUACACUGGCUUCCCUGUUUACUGUAUUAGGAUUGCUCCACACGUCAUGAUGACAUGGAUUUUCCUCAACCAAGUUCAAAAGUUCGAGAAGACCAUUGGACUUUGAGCUCUGGAAUGACGGGGUUUCAUCUCGACCUGAUCAAUCUUUAGGAGCGUUUCUUGCCCUCUUCAAGGGGGGCUAUGUUGUGGUUCUUCAUCUUGACAGAAAUCGCGCCCGUAAAAGUUAGACUUAUUAUUAUCAUCAUUAUUAUCACUAUUUUUUAUCGCAAGAUCGACAUGAUAGAGUUGAGAGACUAAACUGUGGUAUCGAUUUCGGGUUGCGAAAGGAUUAUAGGAUUAUUAAAGAUUGAAAAGUUUAGGAUUGCUUUUGGUUCAGGAAUCAGUGAGGGGACACAUUGAUUUGAUCAAAAUAAAGUUUGGGGUACUCUUUUUGUUUGACAAAAGGGAUUGCUGAUAUCAGUUUUGUCUAACUUGAUUGUCUCAGAAACCAUCAAGUUUAUGCAUUAAAUUUGAUAAACCU